CCCUUUUUCUCUAAGAAAUUUCUAAUGUUUUGGGUACCAAAUCACAGCCUGAUAGCGACUUUGGUUCAUUUUAGUACUCAAAAUAACGGUUCAAUCAUGUGUCAUUGUUUUAAUUUGUCUGCUUUGUAUGACAUUUUUUUCAUUUAGCAAUUUUUUUAAAUUAAAAGAAGAACAAUAAUAGGAUUAAAUUACGGAAAAAUUAAGGGUUAAUUAAGGGUGAAUUUGAUUUUGAUUGAACUUACGUUGCAUUGAAUCAUGUAGAAAGUGAAAAGUAAUCAUAUUUAGUAUAUAAAUUAUAAAUUUAUGUUUUCUAUGUAUUUGUUAUAUUAAAAAACAGAGUAGAUUUGAUGAGUUCACAUAAAUGGAUGAGAUUUGAAGGAACAAACCCAUGAUUGUGAUGGUGAUUAUGAAUAUAAUAAUGCAUUCAAGUUCCCAGAAAAUGAGAAAGGAAGUUAAUAAAGCGUUGGGAGGUUGCUAUUUUUAUGAGUAAUGAGGGUUAAGGAGGGAGAUUAUGAAUUGGAGAGCGUUUGUUGUUGUGGGAAGGAAUGGAAAAUGCGGAUCCAAAGAAGCAAAAAGGGUUGAAGUUAUUUAGAGAAAGCGAUUGGAGGAGGGAAACAAGGAGGCGUUUGGUUGAAGUGGCCACAAUCAAAAAUAGUAAUGCUUACUCUCUUCUCCUGCUCCCAACCCCCUCACCCACAUUUCUCCAUUUCUUCCACGAUCAUAUCAACAUAAAACACACCAUUUUUGUUCUUCCCAACAAUUCAAAGCAAUGACUCUGGUUGUUCUUCGUUCCUCUGCCCUUUUUGCUUCAUCCCAUACAAGGGUUUCUUCUUCUUCUUCUUCUUCUUCUUCUUCUUCCGAUCCUCCUAGCGAUGGCGAUGGAUCUCCCCUUGUUGACGUGCAUCCUCCAAUACCCACUUCGUGUUCUUCUUCCUCUUCUUCUUCUGUGGAUGGCAAUGGGGAAGGGGAGGUGGUAGGGAAGGAUAGGUUAAAGCAAAGGAGAGAUCAGCUCUCGUUGUUGGCUUUAGUUGUGACCCUUUUGAGGAAAUCUUUGAUUGUUUGCAAGAGUGAUAGAAGAGAGGUUUGUGCGAUGGAGAUCGGUUGGCCGACUGAUGUGCGACAUGUCACGCAUGUCACUUUUGAUAGAUUUAAUGGAUUCUUGGGUUUGCCUGUUGAGUUUGAACCUGAAGUGCCUCGCAGGGCUCCCAGUGCUAGUUCAACUGUGUUCGGUGUUUCAACGGAAUCCAUGCAACUCUCAUACGACUCGAGAGGGAAUAGCGUUCCCACAAUUCUUAUACAGAUGCAACACUGCCUGUAUGCCCAAGGUGGCUUGCAGGCUGAAGGUAUCUUCAGAAUCACUGCAGAGAACAGUCAAGAGGAGUAUGUACGUGAGCAUUUAAACCAAGGAGUAGUACCAGACAACAUCGAUUUACAUUGUUUAGCUGGCCUUAUCAAGGCGUGGUUCAGAGAACUCCCAGCUGGGAUUUUGGAUUCUCUGUCGUCGGAGCGGGUCAUGGAGUGUCAAACAGAAGAAGAAUGUGCUGAUCUAAUAAGGCAUCUACCUCCUAGUGAAGCUUCUUUGCUAGAUUGGGCUAUCAACCUAAUGGCAGAUGUUGUCCAGCAGGAACAUUUCAACAAGAUGAAUGCUCGCAACAUAGCUAUGGUCUUUGCUCCAAAUAUGACUCAGAUGGCUGACCCUUUGACUGCAUUGAUGUAUGCUGUUCAAGUAAUGAACUUUCUCAGGAUGCUUAUCUUAAGGACACUGCGAGGAAGGGAAGACUCCGUUCUCGACUCGACUGCUACACAUUUAGAGCCACCUGAUGAGAGUGGCCACCAGAGUCCUUCACAGCCCUGCCUCAGAAAUACUGUCACCAUGGUUCAGGCGGCAGAGCAGGCCGAGCCGGAGUUUGUUGCAGAACUGCCUGUUCUUGAUGAAGAAGAUGCACAUUUUUCUGAUGGAGAUGUUUUUUCAUUAAGCCUUGUCAAAAAACUGCUACCUAAUGAGUAUGGAGCUUUACUGAAUGCCUACAAAGACAAAGAAGGUGCUGCAGGCAAUGACUUGAAGGCAGAAGUUGUAAUCCAAACCGAAAAGAACAGGACUUGUCUGUCAAAUGUUUCAAAUCUGAAAGACCAGACUAACAAACUAACUAACCAGAACUCUGUAUUUCGAGUCUUCGCACCGGUACCGGUACAGAAGCGGCUCAGCAAACUGAGCUGUAUAAAUUUAUCGAGAGAGCGAAUUGAAGCAUGGCGAUAAUACGCAAACAGUGAACACAAUUUGCUGUGGUAUAGAUGUUUUUAUAUGUUUUUUGAAUAUGCUGACCCGACCCACGAGUUUGCUAAUUUCUACGUAUGUUUAUGCUUCGCUAUGGAUGGCGUUAGCAUAACAUAAUAUCAUACACACUGUAGUUUACGUGUAUUCUUUUUCUGACUAACGUUGGCAUAAGAAUUGCCUCAGUUAUG